AUGGUCAGUCGACCAAGACAAGAUGUCUUACUCUCCCUGGAAGCGGCGCCUCGCAAGUGUCUCUGGUACGUUGUACCUGAUGCGGCCUGGGCCACGGCCGAGACUGGUCUCUCAUUUCUCCGCAACGGCACUCUCCGCAAUGCGGACGGACCGUGGACUUCUCUGGUCAAUUCCAGCCAAGCUGUACCUGAGAUCCUCAAGCCUGCUGGGCAAUGGAGUCGACUGGGGUUCCUGAAUGGGACUGGAAUCGACCAGGCAUAUUUUAUCGGCAGGGACGCUCUCUCCGCAGUUCACUUGCACUACCUCAUUGUCGCUGAACCAAAAGACGACUCGACGAAAACCACGAACAAUCGUGAGAAUGACGUAUUCGAUGCCUUAGCUGGGUCACCAUAUUACAAUAUCAGGGCUACCAAGGUAUCUCAGUCGCUCGUUAUUCCCACCACCAUACUACCGGCAUGCCUCUGUCCGGAUCGGGUCAUCUUGGCCCAGUGGGGUUUUCUCGUUCACCUCGCACUCAAUGGCAACGGCCGUCCAUCACGACUGUUGUUGUGCGGAGUUCAGGCUCCGUUUUUUGUUCGUUCGCAGCUCAUUUGCACCAUGAUUCACGAAACUCCAUACGAAGCGUAUCCCGUACCUGCUGCGAGGUACGGAUUCGGAGUACGCAACCAUGACACGUACGAUGUAUUUCGUACCUCGCAUCUCUAUGAUCCAUCAUCUUGGCCCAAGCCACAGAUGACACCCCCACCCGUCCCUCCGCUGCUCCCGAACACCUCUGGCUUUAAUAAGAGUGGCCUUGUUCGCUCUUCCGGAGGCAUCGCAGCCCGUCACGUCUUCCAGUAUCUUCAUAGGGACAUGUGCUUCACCACUCUCGAAGGGGAUCUAGUGUCCAUACAGAUUUGGGCUUCGUCCUCCUCCCCGGUUCUCGACAAGCCAUAA